AUGGGAGCGGCGGCGGCGCUUUCAAGGUCGAAGGUGGGGGUGGCCGCGGCGGCGGCGGCGGCGGCGGCGGCGGCGGCGCCCAAGGAGGAGGAGUACGAGCGGAUCCCCGAGUUCCAGUCGUUGCAGGCUGACCGGUUGCCGGGCACCCCGGGCGGGCGCCUGGACAUGCCGCCGGAGAUCCCGGAGAUGGAGCCUGCUGAUGUUUGGCUGGGGGACCUCAUGCGGCAGGCAAUGACGCAGGAAAACGAGAACGCCACCGCCCAGCAGCAGCCGAAGCGCGAAAUGAAACCGGAUACCUCUGGCGGGAUGAGCUACCCCUUACGGGCGCAGCAGCAGUUUUUCCUGUCGCACCUUUCUGGAGUGGGCAGCGUUUCUUACUUCCUUCCAAAGCAUCUCGACGAGGGUCAUCGGCCAACGGCACGGAUGAACCCGACAGCGAGAGCGACAGCAAGCUGGCCCCCUUGCCACCCCGUACACCACAAGCAGCACACCCCGCAGCCGUCCGUGCCUCCCUCAAGCAACGUCGGCUGGGUCAAGGACGCCGGCUCCGCCGUCAUCGGGGAAUCGCCCACGACGGCGUUGUACCCGUCAUCGACCACCAACGUGCGUUCCCCUUCCAUGUCGACAGCUUCGACGGACGUGUCCCCCCUCCAAGGACCGGGAAUCACUUCGUACGAUGCCUUGCCGCAGGGAGACUGCCGCCUGGAUGCCGUCAGCUGUGGCGCGAGAACAGCGAGCUGUGGCGGCGGCGGCGGAGUCGGCGACCUCUCGAGCAGCAGCAUUGGAGAGCCGCCGUUGAUUCGGGCUGGGGCUCGCGGGCCACAUGACCACCCGGUGGCGGCGGGGGGCGUGUUUCCGGGAGACAUGGCGGCGAUCAAGGCGGAGUUUUGUCACCACUCGUUUGCGCCGCCGGGCGCGUCGUCCCUAGGGAGCAGCCCUCACUGGAGCGCGUUCUGA